ACAUUUUGAAUUUCAAAAAUGUUGCCGUUACCAAACGAGUGAAGAACCCCACAACGGCUAUAAAUAAUUAAAUAUACUCACAUCCCAACUGAAAACAAUAUUUUCUUGUAAUCUUGAUCGAUUUUUCACACAGAAAGGGAAAGAAAGAGGAGAGAAAAAAAUGGAGAAACCCAAAUCUGCAAUGGACGCAUUUGAAAAAUUGGAGAAAGUGGGAGAGGGGACUUACGGUAAAGUUUACAGAGCCAAGGAAAAGGCUACUGGGAAGAUUGUGGCCCUCAAGAAAACUCGUCUUCAUGAAGACGAAGAAGGCGUGCCCCCCACCACUCUUCGCGAGGUUUCCUUAUUGCGAAUGCUCUCAAGAGACCCUCAUGUCGUCAAGUUGUUGGAUGUGAAACAAGGGCAGAACAAAGAAGGCAAAACAGUUCUCUAUUUGGUGUUCGAGUAUAUGGACACCGACCUGAAGAAAUACAUUCGCAGCUUCCGUCAUGUGGGGGGUAGCAUGCCAACUACAGCUGUCAAGAGCUUGAUGUAUCAGCUUUGCAAAGGCGUUGCGUUCUGCCAUGGUCACGGAGUGUUGCACAGGGAUCUUAAGCCUCACAAUCUUCUGAUGGAUCGUAAGACAAUGAUGCUUAAAAUAGCAGAUCUUGGACUAGCCAGAGCAUUUACAGUGCCAAUCAAAAAGUAUACUCACGAGAUAUUGACGCUUUGGUACCGAGCUCCAGAGGUUCUUUUGGGAGCUACACAUUACUCGACUGCAGUCGACAUGUGGUCUGUCGGCUGUAUAUUUGCUGAACUAGUUACGACGCAAGCUCUCUUCCCGGGAGAUUCUGAGCUGCAACAGCUGCUGCACAUUUUCAGAUUGUUGGGGACCCCAAAUGAAGAAGUUUGGCCUGGAGUGAGCAAGUUAGUAAACUGGCACGAAUACCCUCAAUGGAACCGUCGGCCACUUUCAUCGGCAGUUCCUGGUCUGGAUGAAGAUGGGCUAGAUCUGUUAUGUGAAAUGUUGCAAUAUGAACCAUCAAAACGGAUUUCCGCCAAGAAAGCUAUGGAACAUCGUUACUUUGACGGUCUUGACAAGUCUUAUCUCUAAAGAAAUUAAUCCAGAAGUACAAUCACUGGUCCCUGGAUUGGGAAUUUUCUUGAGAUUGUCUAACUGCUUCCCUCAAGCAUUUGUUAAUCAUGUUUUCAGGCACAUGUUUGAACUUCUUGUUUGCUACUUUGAUUGACCAUUUAAACUUGACUAGAUGUAGAAGGCACAUUACUAUCUUUGUAUGCUUUCAAAAACUGUUCUUUCUUGUUAUUGUCAUUUGCCGUUAUUGUUCCUUUU